AUGAGUGCGGCUAGGGCGACCCCUGUAAGCGACGCAUGUCAGAACCCCCCUACUGCCAUGAUAAAUGGGGUCACGACUGCGGCCAAAGAGGUUAGUGAAAGAAUGGAAGAUAUGAGCAGAUUAAGAGAGAUUGUAAAGAUCGGGAAACAGCAGUAUGGAUUCAUGAGAGGAAGAGGGACGGUGGAGGUCAACUUCAUAGUAAAACAGCUACAGGAGAAGAGGCUAGAGGGAAACCAGGAGCUCUAUUGUGCAUUUAUAGACCUAGAGAAAGCAUACAAUAGAACCUCAAGAGAAGUGAUGUUUUGGUGUUUAAAGAAAAGGAAAGUUCCAGAAAAGUUGGUUAGGCUUGUCAAGAUGAUAUAUAACAGAAUGAGCACAAAAGUGAAAACAGUUGGGGAAACAGAAAACUUUGGAGUUAGAGUUGGAUUACACCACGGGUCAGCAUCAAGCCCAUUUUUUUGUGUGCUGGUCAUGGAUGUGUUAAGUGAAGAGAUCACGAAUGAAGAGCUGUGGGAGUGA